AUGGCCCAAGGCGGAUAUCAGCAACCUCAAUAUGGAGCUCAAGGAGGCUACGAGGCUCCUGCUGCCGGCUACCCAGCACCUGGCGCUCCCGUUGGUGCACAAGGAUUGUCACAGCAGUUUGGCCAAAUGAACAUGGGUGGACAACAACCAAUGCAGCCACCACAGCCACAACAGCAAGGCGUGCAGAUGAAGCUCAACUCUCUUCAGCCUGUGGAUGUCAGCAUGCAGGGCCAGCCAUUCCAUGUCAGCGAUUUGGACCAGCCGCCGCCGCCAAUUAUUCUUCCCCCGAAUUCCUCCGUCACGCCAUCACCAUUCGCCAACUGCCCGCCGAAAUAUGUACGAUCGACGCUCAAUGCCAUGCCCGCAACCAACUCCCUCCUCAAGAAGAGCAAGCUCCCCUUCGCUUUGAUCAUCCAGCCUUACGCCGCACUCCACGAUGCAGAGGACGAUGUGCCGGUCCAGCAUGAUCAGGUCAUUGCUCGUUGCAGAAGAUGUCGGACAUACAUGAACCCUUUUGCAAGCUUUUUGGACCACUCGCACAGAUGGCGGUGUAAUAUGUGCAACUUGACGAACGAUGUGCCGCAAAGCUUUGAUUGGGACAGCGUGAAGCAAACAUCGGUGGACAGAUGGCAGCGACCUGAGUUGAAUUACGCGGUCAGUGAAUUUGUUGCACCCCAGGAAUACAUGGUCCGGGCGCCUCAGCCAUUGAUCUACCUCUUUUUGUUCGAUGUCAGCUUUGCCGGCGUUACCAGCGGACUUUUGGCGACUGCGGCUCGAUGCAUUUUGGAGAGCUUGGACCGGAUACCAAAUACCGACAGACGGACACGACUUGGCUUCAUGGCGGUGGACAGCUCGCUGCACUACUUCAGCAUCCCGCGCGAUGGUGGUGAGAAUAAUGAGGCUAAGAUGCUGGUGGUGAGCGAUCUGGACGAGCCGUUUUUGCCAACCCCAGAAGAUCUCCUGGUGAACCUGUCGGAAUGCCGAGCCAACAUCGAAGGCUUCCUCACCAAGCUUCAAAGCAUGUUCGCCAACACACAAAACCCCAGCUCUGCCAUGGGCUCAGCUUUGCGUGCUGGUCACAAGCUGAUUAGCCACGUUGGUGGCAAAGUCGUUGUCCUUUCUGCUACUCUACCGAACAUCGGCUACGGCAAGCUUGAAAUGCGCGAGGACAAGAAGCUGCUCGGCACGUCCAAGGAGAACCCUCUUCUUCAAACGGCCAACGCCUUCUACAAGAGCUUUGCUGUCGAAUGUAGUAAGACGCAGGUCUCGAUCGACAUGUUCUUGUUCAGCGCACAGUAUCAGGAUGUGGCUAGCUUGAGCAAUUUGCCGAGAUAUACUGGUGGUCAGACAUAUUUCUACCCUGCCUGGAACGCCGCAAGGACAGAGGAUGCCAUCAAAUUCGCCACUGAGUUCAGCGAUUAUUUAUCUUCCGAGAUCGGACUAGAGGCGGUGUUGCGAGUGCGUACAACAACUGGCCUCCGACCAAGCGCAUUCUACGGCAAUUUCUUCAACAGAUCCAGCGACUUGUGCGCGUUCCCUGCUAUGCCCAGAGAUCAGGCGUACGUGGUCGAGAUUGCCAUCGAUGAGAGCAUCACAAAAGCAUUUGCUUGCUUGCAAGUCGGUGUUCUGCACACGACCUGCAAUGGCGAGCGCAGAAUCCGUGUCAUGACUCUGAGCAUUCCAGUCACCCAGAACAUGGCCGACGUCUACGCUUCCGCCGAUCAGCAGGCCAUCACUGCCUACUUCUCUCACAAGGCUGUUGAAAGGGCGCUGAGCAGUGGAUUGGAUGCUGCGCGGGACGCUCUUCAAGCCAAGAUGAUUGAGCUCUUGCAGACCUACAAGAAGGAGCUCGGCGGUGGAAAUAUGGGCGGAGGCGGUCUCCAAUUCCCAGCUAACCUCCGAGCUCUGCCAAUGCUCUUCUUGGGUCUCAUGAAGAAUCUUGGCCUGCGAAAAUCCGCUCAAAUCCCCACCGACUUGCGAUCAGCCGCGCUCUGCCUCCUAUCGACCCUCCCUCUUCCGCUCCUCAUCCAAUACAUUUACCCUCGCCUCUACUCGCUGCACGAUAUGCCUGACGAUGCCGGUCUUCCCAACCCGGAGACCGGCGCGAUCACCAUGCCACCACCACUCAACCUGACCUCCGGCAACAUUGUUCCAUUCGGUCUAUACCUCAUCGAUGACGGCCAAACGCAAUUCCUUUGGCUCGGCCGCGAUGCCGUCCCGGCUUUGAUCAACGAUGUGUUUGGCACCGAGGACAAGAAUCAGCUCAAACAAGGAAAGACUUCGCUACCAGUGCUGGAGUCGGAAAUGAACGAGCGUGUGCGUGCUGUUGUCGAGAAGUCCAGGGAUCACCGUGGAAAGGGAUGUGGAAGCAUUGUCGUUCCACCGCUCUACCUCAUCCGCGAGGAUGGAGAGCCAAGUUUGAGAUUGUGGGCACAGACGAUGCUUGUUGAGGACCGAGCGGACCAGGGAGUCAGUGGAGCGAUGUUUAUUGGUAUGCUGAGGGAGAAGGUUGUUGCUUGA